UUUUGGAAUUUUUGGUCAUACCUUUAUCAAAUUUAUUGGUGGCCUAUUGAACUCACCGGCGUGCAGUUUCUAAAAAAUAUGAUGGCUCAAUUUACCUCUCCAGCUGCGUCUAACUGUUGGGUUCAACCACCUCCCGAUUCGACUGAUAGUGGCAGCGGUGAUCCUGUUCACAUACAUAAUCAUCAUCCGUUAAUAGCAUCACAACACUUUGUCACUGAUCGUGACAUCGUUUCUUGUGCACAAAUACCUCAAGUGCUCCCAAAUGACAAUCAAUUAAUCUUUAAACAGAAUCAACUGCAGCAAUUCGUAAUGCCGCCACUAGCACAUCAGAAUCACUAUUCAAAUGUCGGGUAUAUUACUUCUCGUCCUUGUCAUCACUCAGCUGAUAUUAACUCUAAUAAUGCUGAUAUUGUGUAUCAUGCCGGGUUAACGCCUCAUCAGCAUAUGCUUGGACGAAGUGAGGCUACAUCACAGCAUCAACAACAAAAGAUUGCCAAUGUUCCUGCAACAGUUCAACCACAGUCUACAACAGUUUUAUGCAUUAACCCGCAUCGACGUGAUGUUUCCGCACGCCCUUUAAACAAACUAACAUCCGAACUGAUCAGGACAUAUAAGUCAAUCAAUGAGAAUUACUACAAUCGCAAAGCUCGGCGCCGCCAGCAUGCUAUUGAUGAUUUGUCAUCUGUAACUGUUUCAACCACUGCACCGCUUCCACACCAAAUCCGUACCCAAGUCCCUAUAACAGAUCCCAGCGAAUCGAUGAAUAAUAUCGCUUCUGGUGGAACAGCAACCCUAAACACCCUCUUAUCAAAUCAACAACACAAUUUUCUUGGGAUGCUUCAGUCUUCAUCGAAUUUGCAAGUUGGCUCAAGUUCUAUUCCUUUGCCCGAUGAAAGUUCAGCUGCUUCUGUUAGUGCAAAUCUUUCCUACCAUCAUGUUCCGCAGCAACGCAGCCUUCCUUAUAAUGUUCCAUUAGCAGGGACGAAACAUAAAAACCAUUUAUUGCAGCAACAAUCAAUUUCAUCCAAAGUUUCGCAACAGCAACAGAUGGCUUGGAAAAUUGCAAUGGAUGUGCAGGGUCUUCAGCAACAAUCAAAUCAGCAGCACCCUUCAUUGGAUCUAAAUGAAGAGGACUGCGAUGAUGAAAACCAUGAUUAUAUCAUUCGAAUAGGCGAAAUAUUUAAUUACAGGUAUCGGAUUGAAUCAAGCAUUGGCAAGGGUUCAUUUGGACAAGUAGCUAAGGCUUACGACAUGGUAGAUGAGGAAAAUGUUGCGAUCAAAAUUAUUAAAAAUAAAAAGGCGUUUUACGAUCAAGCACAAAUUGAAAUUCGAUUACUCGAAUUAAUGAAUAACCACAAUUCAGAAGGUCAACACUACGUUGUUACAUUAAAAAGCCAUUUUAUCUGGCGUAAACACCUUUGCCUAGUAUUUGAACUGCUAUCAUAUAAUCUAUACGACCUUUUGCGAAAUACGAAUUUUCAUGGAGUUUCGUUAAAUUUGACGCGAAAAUUUGGACAACAACUAGCAGCAACUCUUCUAUUCCUUUCACAACCGGAACUAAACAUAAUCCAUUGUGAUCUAAAACCAGAGAAUGUGCUCCUUUGCAACCCUAAACGUUCGACGAUCAAGGCUAGUUUUUCUUUUAUUAUCGAUUUCGGUUCAUCAUGCCAAUACGAUAGCCGAAUUUAUCACUACAUACAGUCGCGUUUCUAUCGCUCACCAGAGGUUUUGCUUGGCAUUUCAUAUGAUACACAAAUUGACAUGUGGUCUCUUGGAUGUAUUCUUAUGGAGAUGCACACAGGCGAGCCACUUUUUCCAGGUCAUUCUGAGUUUGAUCAGAUGAUGAAAAUUGUUGAGGUUCAAGGCAUUCCACCACCUCAUAUUCUUGCAGCAGGUACCAAAAGCUCCAAAUUUUUUGAGGUGGACGAACUUGGACAAUGGCACUGCAAAAAAUCGCGUGUAACUAAAGCCUACAAAGCACCAGGAUCCCGUCGUCUGUCCGAUAUACUAGGUAUGAACAAUAAUAGUACUGGUCCAUUUUCACGACUCGGUGAAGGGCAUGGUCAUAUGUUGGAAGACUAUAUGAAGUUCAAGGAUCUUGUCAAUAGGAUGCUGGACUUUGAUCCACAAAAACGAAUUUCACCGUACUUUGCUGUAAGACACCCGUUCUUGCGGAAGACUGCACCAGAAGAGCAACAAUCAAAUUCUGCAAACGUUGCUUAUCAUUCUCAUUCAAAUGUGCCUAUGUCGCUACAAGCGCCAGGCUCAGAUUUCGUAAGUCGGCCCACAUAG